CCUGCGCAGAACGUUACCAUAGAGAGGCAGCCUCCUCUCUGGCCUCGGUUUAUACUCUCUAUGGUCUAGCGGGGUCUAUGGCCGUAAGGGGAAUAAGGGAGAUCGCACUGCGCAGGCGCAGUUGGCCUUUUUUUUUUUUUUUUUUUUUUUUUUUAAUCCCCGCACCAAGCACUUAACCUCAUUGGGGUGGAGGAGAAGGCGGCGGCUAUCUGGUCCGCAGCGGCAAUUGUAGUGACUAAUGUGGCUAAUGGACUGCUGAAUUAUGAAGUAUUUCAGACUCCGUAGUAGAACACUCUGCCGCUCACUCCUUUAUCUCCUACUAGUUAUUUAAAUUGGACUUUUAAUAUCCUGCCAGCUGCUCUUCAGACACACAUGGUGCAUUGUUGCCAUUCCCCGGAUUGCAUCUUUGAAACACAGGCUCUUAGUAACCUUCAGCGAACAAAGAGGCCACCUCCUGUGUUUGGCUACUGGGAGGGAGUCAUCCCGACUGCCCUCUAGCUUUUGCUGGAUCUGAAUUUGAAUUCCACCAUGGAGCCUCGCAUGGAGGCCUGCCUGGCUCAGGUGUUGCAAAAGGAUGUGGGGAAACGACUACAGGUUGGCCAAGAACUUAUAGACUAUUUCUCAGACAAACAGAAAUCUGCUGACCUUGAGCAUGACCAGACCAUGUUAGAUAAGCUUGUGGAUGGACUUGCUACCUGUUGGGUUAAUUCUAGCAAUUAUAAGGUGGUUCUUCUGGGCAUGGACAUCCUGUCGGCCCUGGUGUCCCGGCUGCAAGAUCGAUUCAAAGCGCAGAUAGGCACAGUGCUGCCAAGUCUAAUAGACAGACUGGGAGAUGCUAAAGACUCUGUGAGGGAGCAAGACCAAACUCUGCUGCUAAAGAUCAUGGAUCAAGCUGCUAAUCCCCAGUAUGUAUGGGACAGAAUGCUUGGAGGCUUCAAACAUAAGAAUUUCCGCACGAGAGAAGGCAUCUGUCUCUGCCUUAUUGCAACACUCAACGCCUCUGGAGCACAUACUCUAACACUAAGCAAGAUUGUGCCACAUAUAUGUAAUUUACUUGGAGAUCCAAAUAGCCAGGUUCGAGAUGCAGCAAUAAACAGCUUAGUGGAAAUUUACAGACAUGUAGGAGAACGUGUGAGGGCAGAUCUCAGUAAAAAAGGAUUGCCACAGUCCCGGUUGAAUGUCAUUUUUACAAAAUUUGAUGAAGUCCAAAAAUCUGGAAACAUGAUACAAUCUGCAAAUGAUAAAAACUUUGAUGAUGAAGAUUCUGUGGAUGGUAAUAGACCUUCCUCAGCCAGUUCUACAUCAUCCAAGGCCCCACCAAGCUCACGGAGAAAUGUCGGAAUGGGGACCACCCGUCGGAUUGGGUCGUCUACUCUUGGAUCCAAGUCUUCAGCUGCAAAAGAAGGUGCUGGUGCUGUUGAUGAAGAAGACUUUAUUAAAGCAUUUGAUGAUGUACCUGUAGUGCAGAUUUAUUCCAGCCGAGACCUCGAGGAAUCCAUAAAUAAAAUUAGGGAAAUAUUAUCUGAUGACAAGCAUGACUGGGAGCAGAGAGUAAAUGCUCUAAAAAAGAUUAGAUCUUUACUUUUGGCUGGAGCUGCUGAAUAUGAUAACUUCUUUCAACAUUUGCGUCUUUUGGACGGAGCCUUUAAACUCUCUGCUAAGGAUCUGCGGUCUCAGGUAGUGCGGGAGGCUUGUAUCACGUUGGGGCAUCUGUCAUCAGUUCUGGGGAAUAAGUUUGACCAUGGAGCUGAAGCCAUUAUGCCAACUAUCUUUAAUUUAAUUCCAAACAGUGCCAAAAUUAUGGCCACUUCUGGUGUUGUAGCUGUUAGAUUAAUCAUUCGGCAUACACAUAUCCCUAGGCUAAUACCUGUCAUAACAAGUAACUGUACCUCCAAAUCUGUUGCAGUUAGAAGGCGCUGUUUUGAAUUCUUAGAUUUACUCUUACAAGAAUGGCAGACACAUUCUCUGGAAAGACACAUAUCAGUAUUAGCAGAAACAAUCAAGAAAGGAAUACAUGAUGCUGAUUCAGAAGCAAGGAUAGAAGCCAGAAAAUGUUACUGGGGUUUUCACAGUCACUUCAGCAGAGAAGCAGAGCACUUGUACCACACCUUGGAGUCCUCUUACCAGAAGGCCCUGCAGUCCCACUUGAAGAACUCGGACAGCAUAGUGUCCCUGCCUCAAUCAGACCGCUCAUCUUCUAGCUCUCAAGAGAGUCUCAACCGGCCACUCUCUGCCAAAAGAAGUCCCACUGGCAGUACCACAUCUAGAGCUUCUACGGUUAGUACCAAAUCUAUGUCGACAACCGGGUCCCUCCAGCGAUCUCGAAGUGAUAUUGAUGUGAAUGCAGCUGCCAGUGCCAAAUCCAAAGUCUCCUCCUCUUCAGGCGCCACACCCUUCAGCUCUGCAGCAGCAUUACCUCCAGGGUCCUAUGCAUCUUUAGGUCGGAUCCGCACAAGACGGCAAAGUUCUGGGAGUGCCACCAAUGUCGCCUCUACACCUUCUGACAACCGGGGCCGCAGCCGCGCUAAAGUGGUUUCACAGUCUCAGCGAUCCAGAUCUGCUAAUCCUGCUGGUGCUGGCAGCCGAUCAAGUUCCCCAGGGAAAUUGCUGGGCAGUGGUUAUGGUGGACUUGCUGGCGGUUCCUCAAGAGGUCCACCCGUGACACCUUCUUCAGAAAAACGAAGCAAAAUUCCUAGGAGUCAGGGAUGUAGCCGAGAAACAAGUCCAAACCGAAUAGGAUUAGCACGGAGCAGCCGUAUCCCUCGACCCAGCAUGAGUCAGGGGUGCAGCCGCGAUACCAGCCGUGAGAGCAGCCGAGAUACAAGCCCUGCCCGGGGCUUCCCUCCACUUGACCGGUUUGGGCUGGGUCAGCCAGGAAGAAUACCUGGUUCUGUGAAUGCCAUGCGGGUUUUGAGCACAAGUACAGAUCUGGAAGCCGCUGUUGCUGAUGCUUUGCUGUUAGGAGACACCAGGAGCAAGAAGAAGCCUGUGAGGAGGAGAUAUGAGCCAUAUGGAAUGUAUUCUGAUGAUGAUGCCAACAGUGAUGCCUCAAGUGUUUGCUCUGAGCGUUCAUACGGCUCGAGGAAUGGUGGCAUUCCUCACUAUCUGCGACAGACUGAAGAUGUAGCAGAAGUUCUCAACCACUGUGCUAGUUCAAACUGGUCAGAAAGGAAAGAAGGGCUUCUGGGCCUGCAAAAUUUACUUAAGAGCCAAAGAACACUGAGUCGAGUAGAGUUAAAGAGAUUAUGUGAGAUUUUCACCCGAAUGUUCGCUGACCCCCAUAGCAAGAGAGUUUUUAGUAUGUUUUUGGAGACUCUUGUGGAUUUUAUAAUAAUACAUAAGGAUGACUUGCAAGACUGGCUUUUUGUUCUUCUCACACAACUGCUUAAGAAAAUGGGAGCAGAUUUACUGGGAUCUGUGCAGGCAAAAGUUCAGAAGGCUUUGGAUGUCACAAGGGACUCCUUUCCAUUUGAUCAACAAUUUAACAUUUUGAUGAGAUUUAUUGUGGAUCAAACUCAAACUCCAAACCUCAAGGUCAAAGUUGCAAUCCUGAAAUACAUUGAAUCUCUGGCUAGACAGAUGGAUCCAACAGAUUUUGUAAACUCAAGUGAGACAAGACUUGCUGUUUCUAGAAUCAUAACGUGGACAACAGAACCAAAGAGUUCAGACGUGAGAAAGGCUGCACAGAUUGUGCUAAUCUCCCUGUUUGAGUUGAACACGCCUGAAUUUACCAUGUUACUUGGUGCCUUGCCAAAAACAUUCCAGGAUGGUGCCACCAAACUCCUGCAUAACCACCUCAAGAACUCUAGUAACACCAGUGUGGGAUCUCCAAGCAAUACAAUUGGCAGAACACCUUCCCGACAUCACAGCAGCAGGACCAGCCCCCUAACCUCACCCACCAACUGUUCCCAUGGGGGACUGUCUCCCAGUCGGUUGUGGGGUUGGAGUGCCGAUGGGCUAUCGAAGCACCCACCUCCCUUUUCUCAGCCUAACUCAGUUCCCACCGCUCCCUCCCACAAGACUCUCAGGCGCUCUUACUCUCCCAGCAUGCUGGACUAUGAUACAGAGAACCUGAACUCUGAAGAAAUCUACAGUUCUCUGCGUGGAGUUACAGAAGCCAUUGAAAAGUUUAGUUUCCGAAGUCAAGAAGAUCUGAAUGAACCAAUUAAGCGAGAUGGCAAAAAAGACUGUGAUAUUGUAUCCCGUGAUGGAGGAGCAGCCUCACCUGCCACGGAGGGCCGGGGAAACAGCGAAGUGGAAGGAGGCAGGACAGCUCUGGACAACAAGACCUCUCUCCUCAACACCCAGCCUCCUCGAGCCUUCCCCGGACCACGUGCUCGGGACUACAACCCAUAUCCCUACUCAGACACAAUCAACACAUACGACAAGACGGCCCUGAAGGAGGCAGUGUUUGAUGAUGACAUGGAGCAGCUUCGCGAUGUUCCCAUCGAUCACUCUGACCUGGUGGCUGACCUGCUGAAAGAGCUGUCUAACCACAACGAACGCGUGGAGGAGCGGAAAGGUGCCCUGCUGGAGCUGCUCAAGAUCACACGAGAGGACAGCCUGGGUGUCUGGGAGGAGCACUUCAAGACCAUCCUGCUGCUGCUGCUGGAGACACUUGGGGACAAAGACCAUUCAAUCCGAGCACUGGCACUGAGAGUUUUACGGGAAAUUCUUAGAAACCAGCCAGCAAGAUUUAAGAACUACGCAGAGCUGACGAUCAUGAAGACGCUAGAAGCCCACAAAGACUCUCACAAGGAGGUGGUAAGGGCUGCCGAGGAGGCUGCAUCCACACUGGCCAGCUCCAUUCACCCUGAGCAGUGCAUCAAAGUGCUCUGCCCCAUCAUCCAGACAGCUGACUACCCCAUCAAUCUGGCUGCCAUCAAGAUGCAGACCAAAGUUGUGGAAAGGAUCGCCAAGGAGUCCUUGCUGCAGCUCCUUGCAGACAUCAUCCCUGGCUUGCUGCAGGGUUAUGACAAUACCGAAAGCAGCGUGCGUAAGGCCAGCGUGUUUUGCUUAGUGGCGAUUUAUUCCGUAAUCGGAGAAGAUCUGAAACCUCACCUCGCACAGCUCACAGGGAGCAAGAUGAAGCUCCUAAACUUAUACAUAAAGAGGGCCCAGACUACCAACAGCAACAGCAGCUCCUCCUCCGACGUGUCCACGCACAGCUAGUGGCAGCACUGUGGCAUCUGCAGACCUGAUGUGAUCGGUGGUGCCUUGGAGACCCCCAUCCACCACUGGUCAGUGUGAGGAGGCUGCACAUAUUUAUUACAAUCAGUAUUUUGGUCCUUCCAGCUUUUGUGUAGAAUCUUACUGGUAUUGAAUGUAAUGGAAGCAAGGCCUGUGUCGCAGUCUUCACAGAAACACAAAGAGCCAUACUUACACGUCUUGUACCACCUGCUGAGACCACAGACCAUGUGUGGGGGGCGCAGACCCCAGUACCCUUUUGUUGUUGUUAAUAACAGCUUUGGGGUGGGACAG